GAGUCCUUUCACGGAUCUCUUACACAUCAUCAACAUGCUGCCCACAACCAUUCGCUCUCCACCCUCUCUUGGAGACUUUACUCCAAUUGAGGAGUAUCAAUCGGCUACUCCUGCGAGCUUCUUCGGAGGAAAGCCUGUCCUUCAUUUCCAUCUUGAGGAUGCCAAGGCAUGGAUCCCAGCGUCGCAAAAGGGCAGCUUGGCCAUCUUCCCGGCUGAUGUCUCGACUGCUGCCUCUGCGUCCAAUGGCACGACCUUGAAGGAGACCACGGAAGAGCUCGUGGAGCAGCAUGUCUCCGUGUUUGUCUCUUCAGAGACCUUCACCAUCUUCUCUUCGACCCAAGGGGCUGGCGUUCAGAUUCCCUACCCCUCCAUCUCGAUUCACGCCGUGAAGUCGGUCGGAUCCAUCUCCGAAGGUGCUCCUCUCCAGGCUAUCUGGAUGCAGCUGCAACUUGCCGACGGCGGUGACGGCGACGACGACUUCGAUACGAUCGAUCUGACUCUCGUCCCUGCGGUCACUGACGGCGCCCAGGCCGAUAUCCAGAAGUUCUACGACGCUAUCUCGGCCUGCUCAGAUCUUCACCCCGACCCUGUCGACGAGGAUGAUGAGGAAGAGGACGGCCGCAUCAUUUUCGAGGGCGAGCAUGAGCCAGUCGAGGGAUACGAAGGAGUCUUGUACGGCGCCGCCGAUGGAGGCCUGCCUCCCGCCUUCCCUGGUAGCGGAGGCUGGAUUACGGCCGAGAACGUUCACGAGCACUUCGACGCCGACGGAAAUUGGAUCGGUCAGAAUGGCAAUGAGGAUGUGGAUGAGGAGGAGGAGGAAAGCGGCCAGCUUGGAGAGGGAGCAGGUCGGGUUCGCGCUCACGACGAGGCCAACAAUGGCGUCAAUGGCCAUGACGACCCGGGCAAUAAGCGCCCGCGCGUCGACGAGUCAUAAGUGCAUACCACGAAUGAGGCUUGGGAAUUGACGAGGAACGACUUGAUACCAUGGAUAAGACUCGGGCUCAUGAAACCGACGUAAGAAUACCAUUCUUUUUCGCAUAAAAUCCCAAUCAACUAUUACGUUUCAGCUUGGAGGGGAUAUGGUUUUCUUGUGGUAUAAUUCGUUGAUUUGAGUGAUGCUUGUAUCUGAAUUUUGCUAAUGGCCUACUGCCUAGGUAUUACAAUGACGCCGUGCUCAGCUUAGAAAUAUUCAACCCUGAAGAAAGUACUCGCUAACCGUCGCUGAACGCAACACUCCUCAAUCAAGAUGGAUCACUAUGGGACAAAAGAAAAUUCCCCAGACUCUGGAACUCAAACCCUCAUGUUUGGGCUCCGUCUCUCGGCCCCCUCAGUGAGGCUGUCUGGGGAGCUUAACAGGCAGUCCUCUUUCCCGUAUGCACCCAAGCUGGUACCGCUAUCUUGAUGCUUGAUCGGCCGUUCCAGACGCUUCUGGUCUUCAGUAUCGACGUUGGAAAUUCUCCUCCUCGUGGGACUCUCCACAGUCACCACGCUGUCUCUAGCCAACCCUCGUCCGGCGCUCCUAGGUGUCGGGUUGAGCGGCCGGGGUCCUCGAAUCAGAGAACCGUUUCUUCUCUCAUUUUCCUUCUCUUCAACUGCAGCGCGUAGCGAAUCAAGAUGCUUGUUCCCACCUGGUCGGCUCUUGAGUACGGCGAUUGAAUUUCUAGCCGAUUUGAUGGACUUGGUCCGCUUCGCUGAGCCUGGACUCGUGCCUAAAGACAAGUAGUUUUGUCGACCCAUUUUGCUUACGCGGCUGUUGCUCCUGUCGGGGCUGAACCCGCCUCCUCUCAAGUUUGGUAGUGUCGGACUGUCCGGAUCCGAAAUAGAUGAACCGGCGCUGAAGGUACUCAUUUGGCUAUUCAUACGCCGAAGCUGAGCCACGGUUGACUGAAGCCCCAUUACCGCGAAGUCGCGAUGGUAUGAGGUCCGCUUGGGUGAGCUGGAUGGCUUCAGCACGAUCGAAGGGCAAUCAGAACUCGAGAGAACGCGCUCAACGCGGGAUUCUCUGGGCGUCGGCUGUCUGGACAAUGCACGGUCACGAAUUGGACUGGCCAUUCCACGCUUAUAUCGCUUUGGUGUCGGAGAUCCUCCCCUUGACAGAUCGGGGCUCGGCAGAGGUCUUCGAGUUGGCGAGCUAGGAACGGGAGAUGCGGCGGAGUCGGUCGAUUGGCGACCAGCACGACCUGGAGGGGAAGGGCUGCCGCGUGAUGCCGACAUUUUCCCGCCUGGGCUACCCAUUCUCAAGGCCUCUCGAUUUGGCGAUCCUGAGCCAGCUUUCAAGGCCAAUGGCGGUGGGAAGACGGGUGCCUUUGGACCGAACGUCAACCUAUUAUUCGGCAUCGCUGGCCGGCUGCCAUUGUCCUCAGGAGACGUGCCAGGGCUGGCUCUCAUGCUCACAACGCUGUUACUUGAGACGAGGAAGACGGGCUUCAUCGACAUGACGCUCUUUGGGCGAAUGGUCUCGGGCGAUGCUGCCAGGUCGGAUGGUUGCAUCAUGAUGGAGUACCGUGUCUGGAGCUGGUCGGCCGUGCUACUACGCUUGAUGACGUCUAACGGCCUCGGUAUAGGAGAGUUGGCAACAGGUGUCACCUUCGUAGGUGUUCGGUUCAGGAUUUCCUCUUCGGGCGGCGUCAUGCGUCGGAGGGGCGGUAAGCUGGAAGACUGGCGUCUAGGGCUCCUUGGAGGCACUUCUGGCGGGCCUGGUGUGAUGAAAGGGUCACAUAUUUGAGUAUCGAUGACAAGGCUCCUGGGUUUCCUGCCGCGGGGGGUGCUGUCUACGUGUCCAGUACCGCCGGUCUUGCUGUCAUCUUCGGGUUCGUUAACGCUAUACAAGGUUGACAGAGACGAUGAGGCAUCGCUGCCAGGAGAUUCUAUCGAUUCGCCGUUGUUGGUGGGCUUGGUCGGGGACUCGUGCUCGGAUCUUCUACUGGGGCUCGACAGUCCUGUUGGCAAGAUGUGUUCAACUUCCGGGGUCGUUUCGCCAAACAAACUGUCCGCAUCUGAGACGGCCGAAGAUUGCGAAGUGUUCCUGUUGUGGUGGUUUGGAGUCUGGACAAGCAUUGGGAUAACCAUUCGCUUCGAUGGGCUGGGUGUUCGAGCUCGUUGGGCGUCAAGGUCCAACGCCUGGCCAACGUGCGACAAUACCUGAGUCUUUGCCGGAGAUCGUGACCGGACGGGCGACUGAUUCUUGACUGGUGACGGGAUCUUGAUCGGUGAUUGGGCCUUAAUGGGAGACUGCGACUUUGUCGGCGACCCCCGCGGGGUCUUGACGCUGGACCCAGCUGAUGCCGAUGCAGCCCUUUGUCGUGUAGCUGGCCGGCUGUUUGUUGGUGUACCGAGCUGCAAUCUCUCUUCCGUGGAACGCAAAAUCUCAGCCAGAUCCGACUCCGUCGUCUUGUGCCGCAGUCGCUGCAAUGGCACCGGCCGAGGUACCGGUCCCUGUGAGGUUGGAAGUACGGGAGGUCCGCCCCUCGCAGCAGCCGCCAGCUUCUCGGCCAACUCGUACGAUGCCGUCCUCGGCAACGGCAUCCGCAAAGGCUGGCUGCGCUGUGCCGGCAUGCUGGCCGGCCGAGGCUGUUCAAUGGAGUAAUUCACAAAGUCGUCGUCGUCGAAAUGUCCAUCCCCCUCACCCUUGUGCCCAAAUAGAUCCGGUAACGUCGGCGUGCGUAGGAUGAAGCUGUCGCGGAUACUCAGCCGCCGACCAUCACUCUGCACCCUGGGCCCGUGAAUCGCAUCCUCGUCGAUCCAGCUAUUGUUCCUCCUCAGGUGUCCUCCACGCUGCUGCCCGCCAGCACCUUCCGAAGGCGUGCUGCUGAAGACGCUCCAGCUCUUGCUCCUGGGCACGCUGAUGAUGGACGAGAGCGAGCGGUGGGGAGGUUGCUUCUUCCCCUGGACCUCGACCAUGUCCGCGUACGGCUCGCCCGGCUUCGGCUUGGUGAGGCGCCGCGGGCGCGGGCUGGGCGUGCGGAUGGAGCCGCCAUCCGAGUCGAGGUCGAGUCUUGUUCUGGGCGUCGUUGAUCGGGCUCGGGCGCGGGCUCGGUGGCGGCGGCCUGCUAGGGCGAUGAGGAAGAAGGCGAGGCAUAUGAAGAGGAGAACGCCGCCUCCUAUGGCGAUGGCCAGGACGAGUGGUAGGGUCAUACCGCCGCCGCUUCCGCCCCCUCCCCCGUCUACCUCCUCGCGGAUGCGGAGUAGCAGGCUCGACAUCGCCGGGGAGAGACUGAGAUGUCGUGAUAUGGGUGCGUGGGUUUGGUGUUCUUAAGACGAGAUCUAAUCGUUGACUGAGGGACUGUAGGUGAUGAGAUCACUGGCCAGGAACCGGGUCUCUCAUGGCGUGAGUGUAUUCUCGGGUAUUCACAGUCGGCUUCCCCCUUCUUUUGUCUUCUGUGUAACUCUCUCCAGGUAUUCGUAUUAGGGAUUAGAUUAGGAAGAGUUGAGAAAAGAUGGAAAGGAAAAAACGGUCUGGUGAGCACUUCUGGCAAAUGGUAGGUAGUGUGUAAACAAGUGUAGGAAAGAAUGAAAACCAAAUCCAGAAUAGUAAGAAGAGUCGUACAGAGCGAAAGAGAGAAAAUUCAACACGGCCUGGAGGUGAAUCACGAGGACGAAGAAAGGAUGGAUGACACGGAUUUCCGCCUCACAAAAUGGAAAUGGCUGGCAGCAUGCCUCUGCCUCAAAGGGUCUUCUCGCUGCGGCGCUGCCCAGACCCAACCAACCGC